AUGAGUUUAGAAGAGACUACUCCUUUACUCAGUACUAGUCAUCAUGAAUCUAAUAAUAAUAAAAAUAAUGAUAAUGGUAAUAAUAUAAAUAAUGGUAAUAAUAUAAGUAAUAUAAAUAAUAAUAAUAAUAAUAAUAAUAGUAAUGAUAAUAAUAAUAAUAAUAAUAGUAGAAAAUUAAGUCAUAUUUCGGAAAUCGAUGAAGAUGAUAUCAUAUCUUAUGUUCAACAACGAAGGCAAUCUAUAAUUUCAAUAGGUAAUGAUAAAAUAUCAAGAUGCGAUUUUAAUAAUAAUAAUAAAAAUUUAAAUAAAAAACAGUCAAAUCAAACUUUAACAUCUCCUUUACAUCCAACAAGUUCAAAAAAUUCAAUUUCAAAUUUAUCAGUUAAUCAAGUUUUAAAUUUACAUGAAUCUGAAUUAAUCAAAGAACCAAAAACAACAAUUAAAAAUGAAACUAAAAUAUUAUUAAAAUAUUCAUUCCCCUUAAUUAUUACUUUUCUUUUACAAUAUUCAUUAACUGUUGCUUCUGUAUUUUCUGUUGGUAGAUUAGGUUCCUCAGAAUUAGCUGCUGUCAGUUUAAGUUCAAUGACGGCUAAUAUUAGUGGAUACGCAAUUAUACAAGGUGUUAGUACUUGUUUAGAUACUUUAUGUGCUCAAUCUUUUGGUAGACUGCAAUAUAAUUUAGUUGGUAUUCAUUUUCAAAGAUGUAAUUUAUUUUUAUUGAUUUGUUAUAUUCCAAUAUUUAUACUUUGGUUUUUUCUAAGUGAACCUUUGUUAAUUUUUUUAAUUGGAUCAGAUCAAUUUGAUAUAUGUGUACUUUCAAGUAAAUAUUUACAAAUUUUAUCAUUUGGAUUACCUGGGUUUAUCCUUUUUGAAAAUGCAAAACAUUUUUUACAAUGUCAAUCAAUAUUUCAUGCAUCUACUUAUGUUUUAAUAAUAUGUGCUCCAUUAAAUGCUUUUUUAAAUUAUGUAUUAGUAUGGAAUAAAACAAUCGGGUUGGGUUUUAUAGGUGCGCCAUUAUCUGUAGUUAUAACAAAUUGGAUAAUGUGUAUUUUAUUAUAUUGUUAUAUUUUUUUAAUUAAUGGUUAUCAAUGUUGGCCAAAAGAAUCAAUCCUUAAUAAAAUAUUUUGGAUUAAUUGGAAUAAAAUGUUAAAUUUAUCAAUCCCAUGUGUAUUGAUGGUUGAAGCAGAAUGGUUAGCUUUUGAAAUUAUAACUUUUCAAGCUGCAAAAUUCGGUACUACUACAUUGGCUGCUCAAUCAAUUAUUUCAACAACUUGUGUUAUAUUUUAUCAAAUUCCAUUUGCUUUAUCAAUUGCAUCUUCAACUAGAAUCGCAUGGUUUAUUGGAGCAGCAAGUAAAAAAUCUGCAAAAAUUACAACUUAUUCAUCAUUAUAUACUUCAUUAGUUUUUGGAAUUUUAAAUUGUACAUUUUUAUAUAUUUUUAAAAAUAAUUUAGCUUCAUUAUAUACAAAAAAUAAAGAUGUAAUAAAAUUAGCCUCAAAAGUUUUAACAGUUGGAGCUGUUUAUCAAAUUAAUGAUUUUAUUUCUUGUUCUACUGGUGGUAUUUUAAGAGGUCAAGGUAGACAAUGGAUAGGAGGCAUUUUAAAUUUAAUUGGUUAUUAUUUAAUUGCAUUACCAUUAGCUUAUAUAUUAGCUUUUUUAUAUGAUUUACAAUUAUUAGGUCUUUGGUUUGGUAUGAUUUUUGCAUUAAUUUUUGUUAGUUUAUUACAAUUAUAUUUUGUGUUGUCUAGUAAUUGGGAUAAAAUAAUUGAUGAAUGUAUUGAAGAAGGUAUAAUUGAAGAUGGUUUAAAUAUUGAUGCACAUUCAUUAUUACCAAGUAUGAGUAAUUCAAUAAUUGUAUAA